AUGUCUCACGAAUCUGUCUGGAACUCUAGACCGCGCACCUACGGCAAGGGGUCUCGUGCCUGCCGCGUCUGCACACACAAAGCUGGUCUCAUCCGCAAAUAUGGACUCAUGAUCUGCCGUCAAUGCUUCAGAGAAAAGGCCACGGACAUUGGAUUUGUCAAGAGAACCCCGUACCGGCAGAUGCCUCCUCUCUCCGACUCGAGUUCUGCGACUGGGCUAGCUGGUAGCAAUCGAAUGGGUGUUACGCAUGGCAUGGAGUUUACGGAUGGGUGA